AUAUCCAACUAGUUUACAAAAACCAAAUAGCAAGUCUUGGCACUGAUGUCCCAGAAACUUCUUCCAUGACUGUUCAAACAUUGAGAUCACAGCCAACAGUAGAGGAAGAAAGUGACCUACUAGAAAAUGCAGAGCAAGAAAGGAGAAGGAAUAAAGAAAGAGUCAGAGCAAAAAAUGUGUUUGACAAUAAACAUUUAUCACCUGUUAAAGUCUUGGAUAAACUGGAUAUUGCUUAUCUCAAUGCUCAGAGAGAAAUUGAUAAAAUCCUGGAACCCCAGAGUUCAAAGUUGAAAGGCCCUCAUGGAGGCAUCCUCACAAAUGGAGCAGAUAAUGUUGAAAUACAUAACAAACUUAAUGAAGUAAAUAAAGGGGGUAACAAAGACUCCUUGGAGAACGCAAGGCUCAACAUUCACAAGCUGCUUGAUGAAGCAUUUGAUGUUCUUUCUGAAAGAAAAACCAUUAUGACCAAUAAACUGCAACCAUCAAGAGAGAUGAUCGAUGAAGCUAACUCAUUUAACAGCCAGAAAAAUCACUUCAGAAGAACGGAACAAAUAGUCCAGACAGAUGAAAGCAUGUUCAGUCAUAAGGUACAUACACCUAUCCAAGUUCAUCAUUUGUUUGCCUCUAAUGAUCCAGAAGGAAUAAUUACUUGGAAUCCAUACAGAGCUUAUGAUGAAACAAAAUUUAUUUCUUUAAAUAAUCAUGAGACAAACAUGAGUGCCACGCCAGUAGAGCAAGAACCUUUAAAAACAUCCAAUUUUGACCAACUGUUCAAGCUGCAAUCCAAGUACUAUGUCACAGAGCCAGGAGAACCUAUUAUUAUUAGGACCAGAAAUUUACAUGAUGUUAUACCCAAGAAUGGGACUCCGAGAAAACAAAGCACAACCAAACAUGGAGUCAAUGAAAAUUUCCCUUCACAUACAAAAUCAAGAAAUCUAGAUGCAUUACAGAAUCCUGUUUUUAAUAGUUCAGUCCCAGAUAAAACACUUGAUAUGUACGCUAAUAAUUUUUAUGAAUUAAGUUGCUAUCAAGAAACACCAACAACCUCACGACUGAUAAAAGCAGCCACACCUAAUAGCACACAGCCAGAUGGCAGCAGUAGUUCAUAUAAAGAUUCUAGUGGGACGAAUGAAGUAUUCACAGAGGGACACUCAGAACCAAAUAAGAGUAUUGACAAGAAUUAUGAUGUUGUUGAUGUUAUUAAAAUGAGUGUUCAGCCAGGAAUAUCACCUCAGCCACUGAUUGACAGUUUGCGUAAAGAGUUGCAGAUAUUAUCAAAUAAAGCUCAAGCUGCAUCAAAGAAAGGUCAUUAA